GCGCCGUGUAAUUUUACGUGGCGACAGAGAUUGACAUACUUACUGUGCGCCUAGUGAAGUAGCCCAAGCACGUGAAAUGGAGCACGGGAAAAAGAAACAGUUUUCGGGGCCGAAACGUAAGGGAGAUUCUAAAAUAUCAAAGGGAAGCAAAGUCAAACAAAAUAAGAGGGUUCAGAAUAUGAAGUCAUUUGGAACCGAGAAGAAAGUCAAAAACUUUAAAAAGAACAUAAAGAGAAAACCAGUAAAACGUGGAGAAGAGGGGGAAGGGCAGGAUCAGUAUAAACCGAUGAAACCGGUAAAAAAAUUCCAAACGUUUAAAUCGGAUGGUAAAAGGAAACGAGUGCAGCAUGUUCAAGGAAAGGAUGGACCUGCCGCUAAGAGACAAAAGCCCGAAACACCUGGAAAACGGCAAAGUCAAAAAAAGAAGUACAACGAGCAAAAAGGUAAUAAUAUUAAGGUCAGGGCGAAGCAGAUCUGGGAAAAUCUUAGAAGGAAAGACUGUGAUAAACAAAAGCGUCUAAAGCUUCUGAGCGAAAUACAGGGUCUGGUCCACGGAAAAAUUAAAAGCAUUGCCUUUGCACACGAUUCCACCCGCGUGCUGCAGUGUUUCAUUCAAUUUGGGAGUGACGAACAGAGGCAGGAGGUCUUGAAUGAGCUGAAGGAGCACCUAGUUGAGUUGAGCAAAUCGAAAUACGGGAGAAAUAUUGUUAAGAAGUUUUUAAUGUAUGGCAACAAACAGCAAGUGGCUGAGGUGUUCAAGAGUUUUAAAGGGCAAGUGAGAAAAAUGUUGCGGCACACAGAGGCAUCUUCUGUAAUCGAGUACGCCUAUAACGAUAAGGCAAUUCUCGAGCAGCGACUCAUGCUAACAGAAGAACUGUACGGGAAAACUUUCAGGUUUUGUAAGUCUGCUCUUUGUCCAACACUGGACAAGGUACUUGAAGCCAACCCUGGAAAAGAGGCCAGUAUUAUGGAAGAAAUGAAACAGAUCCUUACUCCAAUGCUACAAAAGGAAGCAGUAGUAAAACACUCCUUGGUCCACAAGGUGUUUCUAGACUUCUUCAUGUAUGGGCCUGCCAAGUUCAAAACAGAAAUGAUUGAGGCUGCAAGAGAAGCUGUUAUAUACAUGGCCCAUACGCAUGAUGGAGCUAGAGUAGCCAUGCACUGUGUGUGGCAUGGGACACCCAAGGAUCGAAAAGUUAUUGUGAAGACGAUGAAGACCUAUGUUGAAAAAAUUGCCACUGGGGAGUUUUCCCACCUGCUUCUGUUGUCUGUCUUUGAUUGUGUUGAUGAUACCAAACUUGUAAAACAAGUGAUCUUGUCAGAAAUUGCCAGCUCAAUUAAUUCUAUUGUCAGCAACAAGUAUGGAAAAAAGGUUCUUCUCUAUCUUUUGAGACCCCGGGAUCCAGCCCAGUGUGUACCAGAGAUUGUGAAACUCCUACAAACCGGAGAUGGAAAUGAACAUAGUAAGAAAGAUGUGCAAAUAAGACAACGUGAGCUUUUGGAAGCAGUGUCUUCACCUCUUCUGAAGUAUCUUCUUGAAAAUACACGGGACAUGGUGAUGGAUAAAUCAAGUUGUGUAUUGGCAGCCAGCAUCCUGGGUUUUGCCCUGGGGGAUCUACAGCCAGCUAUGAAUUCCGUUGCAGAUUUAGCAGCAGAGACUUUUGUCCCAGGGGGUGUAGAUGGAGAGCUUCACAUAGUGGAGCACCCAGCGGGACACCUGGUGCUCAAAUGGUUAAUUGAGCAAGAAUCUGAGGAGCAGGUUGAGAGAGAGCAGUCUUUCUCAAGAACUUUGGUGGACCAUGUUGGGAUGGAGAAAUUGAAGACUUGGGCCACUGUGAACCGUGGAGCCAUUGUUCUUUGUUCCCUUCUUCAGAGCAAGGAUGAAACUAUUACAGGCAAACUGAAGGCUGAACUAAAACCUCUUUCAGCCAAAUUGGAGAAAAUUAAGAAUGCAAAAGGUGUGGAGGUAUUGUUGGAAAAGAUCAGAGGCUUUUGAGUUUAAAUGAGACUACAGUGCCAGGACUAGUAACUCAUGAUUAUAUGUUGUCUAUGACCUCAGUCUUAUUUCUUUUGUAAAAAGAAUAAAAAUAAUAUUGAGGGUGAAAAUCGCUGGUUACUUACAUAUUUGGAAAUUUAAGUGCAAAAAUAUUUUUUGGCAUUGAACCAAACAUUUUUAUUUACUUUACUAUUGUUCAUCCUAAUCAUAAUUGUUUUUGUUGGGUAAGGUGAAAUAAUUGUGCUAAAUAAUAAAGAAUCUACCUAUCUAAAUGUAUGUUCUGGCACAGAUGUCCUCAGGGCAGACAUAUGUGGGGAGUAGUCAAAGUUAACUAUUUUUGUGCUAUUUAUAAGUAGCAGAGGACUCCCAACCCCACUGCUUAAGACUUGAUAA